AUGACCUCGCGAUUCCUCUACUACUUUUUCAAGCCUCUAGGACAAACUAAAUUCGUCUGCUAUCUUCUGGGUGGCAUUAUCUUGGGUCCGUCUCUGAUGGGGCACAGCAAGGAAAUCAGGGACAAUCUAUACGGAAAAAAGAUACAUUUACAGUUGUUUGAUACAAUAGCUGAGAUCGGCAGCAUAUAUGCAAUAUUCCUAAUGUCACUGAAAUUUGACUUCGCCGUGCUCAGAAGAAAUGCAAAGAAGUCAUGGAAGAUUGGCAUAGGAGGUUUUCUAUUUCCUACAGUAGUCACCUUUAGCCUCAUUUAUCCGAUAACUGGAACUGCUCCUAAGGUCCCGUGGUUGAUGUCGACGGUUACUCUGUCUUUCAGUUAUUUUCCGGUCAUAUCUCAGGCCUUGUAUGAGCUCAACCUUAUGUCUUCGGAGUUGGGUCAGCUUGCCAUGUCCUCCGCAAUGCUCAACGAUGCGCUGGAGUGGACCUCCCUUACAGUUGGUCUCAUAGCUGCGCAGAAUGACUGCUUCAAAGGAAUACUCACAUUCCUUUCCAUACUGGGAAUGCUUCUUUUCACUCUCUAUGUCAUACGCCCCCUUAUGAUAAUGAUUAUUAAGAACACACCGGAAGGGAAAGAAGUAAACGAAAUAUAUACAGUUGGAAUACUACUUGGGGUUCUAGUCAUGUCUGUUAUCUCUGAUUCUAUCGGGCUAUUGUCUGUUGGAGGUCCUAUAUUUAUGGGGUUAGUCAUACCAGACGGACCACCUCUGGGUGCAGCAAUAGAGCAGAAGACUGAAUUCGUGGUCUCGGAAUUUCUUAUGCCAAUGUACUUCUUCCGUGUUGGCGUCAGCAUAGAUGUUCAUGCAAUUGGUGAUCCGGCGACAAUGGAACAUCUUCAGAGCAUUAUUCUUGUGUUAUUUGUUUCAAAGAUUGUUGGUGUUACCCUGUCCGGCUUGCUCUGCAAAAUUGGCUUCAAAAAUAGUUUCAUGCUCAGCAUGAUCAUGAGUAUGAAGGGUCUAAUAGAGCUCAAUGCUUUGAGACACUGGAGGGGCUCUCAGAUCAUAGAUGGAGCAUUCUACAAUCAAAUGGUGUUGUCUUCGCUGGUGUUGACCAUGAUCGUAACCCCAAUUGUACGAUUUUCCUACAUUCCUCAUAUGCGGCUUAAGGAAGCAACCAAAGAUUUGCGAGUCAGAAACAUCCAAUCAACUCCAAAAGACGACGAAGCAUGUCGCAUACUUUUCUGUGUCCACAAUGAAGAAAAUGCCGGCAACAUCAUCACCUUCCUAGAAGCUUCAAAUCCAACUGAUGCAAGCCCCAUUUGCGCAUCUGUUGUUCACACUGUUGAUUUAGUUGGGCAUUCUGUACCACAACUAACUCCCUACAGAAACAGAAAUAAGUUUAGGCAGAUAGAUAGACCACUCACCAAUCAAAUGAUGCAAGCCUUUGACACUUACUCAAAGAAUUCAAGAGGACCAGUCGUGAUUGAAGCCUACAGUAUGGUCGCCCCUUAUACCUCCAUGCACGAGAACAUUUUCCGUCUAGCUCUGGAAAAUCUCGUACCUCUGAUCAUCGUCCCAUUCCAUGAAAACCACCAGUCUGUGGUUGGCCCUAGUAUGACUGGACCCAUAAGGCAAUUCAACCUUAAUGUACAAGAGUUUUCCCCGUGUACAGUAGGAAUACUAGUUGACAGAGGCUUGUGUUGUCCGCUAAAGAAGUCCAGUUUCUACAGCAAUGUGGCUCUGUUUUUCAUUGGCGGACCAGAUGACCGCGAGGCCUUAGCUUAUGCAUCACGCAUGACGGACAACCCAGAUGUGUGCCUUACAGUGUUCAGGAUUAUCAUGCGGAUCAAUAAAAUAAAGAGUAAUGAAGAGGAUUUGACAGAGUUUAAGCUUGACAAGUCAUUGAUCAAUGAGUUUAAGCUAAGGAACACUGGGAAUGAUCGGUUGAAUUGGCAUGAUACUGAGGUUGGAAACUGUGUAGAGGUUAUGGAUGUCAUUAAGAAUUCCCAGAGCGAAUAUGAUCUGGUGAUGGUGGGGCGGCGGCAUCCGUAUAUGUCGUUGAGGGAAGAAGAAAUGACGGACUUUAUCCAGAAUCCAGAACUGGGAAUGAUCGGCGAUGUGCUUGCUUCACCAGAUUUCUGUAAUGGGAUGGUGAAGGUGUUGGUGAUGCAAGAAAGCAGGCAAUUGAGUUAUGGAGCUUAUCAUAAUGAAUCCAUCACCUGUACAGGAAUUUCGUGUACUCGCUAG